AUGGGAUGCAAAAAUAAGAAGAUCAACUUUAUAAGAGUUUUUCAUAAGAAGAAAUUUUCUACCUCCUACCACAGCAAAUAAAAUUAAAAAAUAUGCAGUGUCAAACCAGAAUCAGACUAAAUUUGUUUAGGAUCAAAUAUUAAUGUUUAUAAUAUAUAUGGAUAUUGUAAAGAAGCCCCUGAGUUUUUGAAACCAAAAACUAAAACAAUCAAAUAGAUUAGAUAUUCAUAUGUGUCUUGGUAUGAAGGAAACAAUUUCUAUGAUGAUGAUAAAAGAAAAGCUCCUUGUUCUGAUUUUGGACCUAUUAAUGAAUACUAUAAUAAUGCAAAAGUUCAAGAAGCUUUACAUAUAUAAGAAAGACCUUAUUUUUGGUCUGCUUGUAGUUAAGAAGUCAAUAAGGCAUUUAAUAUUAGUAAUAAUGGAAGUUAUUAGAUACUUCCAUUAUUAAGUUAAUCAGGAAUAAAGAUAUUAAUAUAUUCUGGUGAUUAGGAUGCUGUUAUUAACGUUGUAGAAACUGAAUAAUCCAUUAAUAUGAUACCAGGUAUUUAAGAAUUAGAUUCUUAGACUCCAUAGGGCAAUACUGAUAAAGAUUUAGCAGGUUGGAUCACAUAAUAUAAUUACUUGAAAUUUAUUGUUGUAAAAGGAGCUGGACAUGUAAAUAUAUUUGUAUUAAUAUUAGAUGGUGCCUGAAGAUCAAAGAUAAAAUGCAUUUGAAAUGUUUAAUAGUUUCAUUUAUGGGAAUGAACUUCCAAAAUAUCAUUGA